AUGAGCCAAAGGCAGGCACAAGACUUUUUCAUAAAAGAGUAUGAUGUAAUAGUCAAUGAAAGGAAGAUAUACAGGGCUAUGGUAAAGGCAAAAGAAAGAAUUGAAGGGUCAGAAAUAGCUUAUUAUGCACUUCUUAGGGACUAUUCCAAUGAAGUUAUAAGGACCAACCCUGGUUCUAUUGUAAGGAUCAGCAUUGAUUAUGUUGAAGGGACUGGACAUAAAUUCAAAAGGAUAUACAUAUGUUUAGAAGGUUGUAAAAAGGGAUUUUCGGUUGACUGCCGGUCUUUCAUAGGGUUAGAUGGUACUUUUCUAAAGUUGUGGAAUGCGAAUGCAAGGAUAGUUGGAAGUGGUUUCUGGAACUUCUCCAAGAAGACCAAGAUGACGCAGCAAUCAAUAGAUUCAACUUCAUAUCAAACAUGCAUAAGGCAUGCAUGUGUUGCCCUUUCAUACCAGAAUAGGAAACCAGAGGAACAUUCACAUAACUGGCUCUCUAUGGGGGCAUAUAAUAGCAAAUACCAGUUUGUUAUCCACCCUGUUCUAAGUCAAGAAUAUUGGCAGCAUAUUGAUCUACCUCCUAUAUUACCCCCAAUAUACAAGAAGCAAAUUGGGAGACCAAAGUUGAAAAGAGACAAAAAGAACGACAGACCAAAAGAACCCACCCCAGAUCUUCAUAGGACUCCCAAAAAAUAUGGCCCCAUCAUCUGCAAGUAUUGUCUAAAGACUAGACACAAUAGUCGUAGCUGUUCCAAGAAGAAUGAGACCAUGGCUGGGAGUGCUGGAGAACAAACUUCAAGUCAAUACCCUUCUACUGGUGGGGCUACUGUGGAUGAUAAAGAAGAGACAACAAGACUGGAGGAGAUGUUCUGA